CAUGGCUAGAGCUCCAUCUGAAUCCUGUGGUGAUACUAACAUUUCACACUGGUCUUUCUGCUCACCCAAACUCUUUGUUUACAUCCUGGCCGCUUGUGUCAUUCUCUUGAUUCUCUUCCAGAUCCAAUAUCUUGACUCCCCUGGAUCUCCUUCUUCUUCUUCACCUUCAUGGCCUCUCAUCCACUCAUGGAAAGCAGUGUCCCAAGAAAGGCCAAACUGCAGCCAUGAGCUCCUAGCCUUGGCCGAGAAACUUAGUGAUGCAGUCACGUUUCUCCCUCUUAAAGAUCUCCGCUACGCCCAAACUGCCCAGCAAGGCCACACGUGGUUCAUGAGCUCCCUAUAUGAUACUCACGUAGAAGGCGAGGUCCAAUACCAACAAUAUCCUUCAGCUGCCUCCAGAGGCAGGCUUCUAUGCAUAAAGGGACGGGACACCCACGACGGCGCGCGCAACUCCUAUGCCUUGGCAUGGACGGACGCUCUUCCUCGAAAUGCCACGUUCUUGACGGGCCUAACUUUUGUUUCCUACAAUCAUUAUGACUACGACAACAUAUGGCACGGGCUAUCAGCAAUGGUACCAUUCGUGGCGUGGCACCUGAGAGACGGGCAGUGUGCAGUGCCGGCAAGGUGGGUUCUGUACCACUGGGGGGAGCUGAGAAUAAAGAUGGGGCCAUGGGUGAAGAGCUUAAUGGAAGUCACAUUUGGUGGGUCAAUGAAUAUGGAAGAGUUUGGCGAUUCUGGUGAUGAAGGAGUGGCUUGUUUUGAAGAGGCAGUGGUGAUGAGGCACAAUGAAGGAGGGAUGUCUAGAGAGAGGAGAUUGGAAGUGUAUGAUAUGAUGAGGUGCAAAGCCAGGGAGUACUGUAAUGUGAGGAAUGAAGGUAGGGGUCUGGCGGUGAUAGGGCUGACAAUGCUGAUGAGAACAGGGGCGAGGUCUUUCAGGAAUGAGUCAGCUGUCGUUGGAAUCUUUCAAAGGGAGUGUGGGAAGGUGGAGGGGUGCAACUUAACGGUGGCUUAUGCCCAUAACCUCACCUUCUGCCAACAGGUGAAAUUGAUGAGCUUGACAGACAUUGUAGUAUCUGCACAUGGCGCCCAACUAACCAACUUGUUCCUCAUGGACAAAAAUAGUAGUGUGAUGGAAUUCUUUCCCAAAGGAUGGUUGAAACUUGCAGGUGUUGGUCAAUACGUAUUUCAUUGGUUUGCUAGUUGGUCUGGGAUGAAACAUGAAGGAGCAUGGCGGGACCCAAAUGGAGAUGAUUGCCCUUACCCAGAAGAUGAUCGGCGUUGCAUGUCCAUCUAUAAGAAUGGCAGAAUCGGAUAUAACGAUACAUUUUUUGAAGAGUGGGCAAGAAAUGUUCUCAUGAAGGUGAAGACACGGAAGAUGGAAGAAGCCUUGAAUAAGAACACUACUUCAGUUUUAGGUGGUUGUGCUUGUAGUUGAAAUGCUAGACUACCAAUGCUUAAGCACAUUGAUUAUACUAUUUAGUUUCCAUGAUAGAAACGAUAUCUUAAUUGAUGGUUCUUUUUAAUUAAAAUUUUUAGCGCACAAG